AUGGAAGACGAUGAUGACGAGCAGCUCACGCUUGAGAUUGGUCGUUUUUUGACCACGAGAAAGGCAGCAAUGCAACAAGAUGCGACAAGCAAAUCGGGCCCAGCUGCCUCAGCUGAGAUGCAGGCGACACCGCGGGGAACCGACGGGGGCGACAGGGGAGAGCGGCCGGGCCUGGGAGAUCGAGCCAGUGCAGAGAUCCCUGCUAAAGAACACGUGACACGCUCACCGGCAACCCGGAGCUCCCAGAGCCAAAACACCAAGUCACUCCUCAGACGCGCCGUUAACAAUCGGCACAGCAUCCACGACAUGCGCUCUCACACCCCAUCAGGCGACCCUCCAGGCAGGAGAGGUUCCGUAACUAAUCGCUUUCGCAAUAGCACCGGCGGAAGCGCGUUGCCACGACCUCACACCUCCCUCCGAGAAUCCAGGUUUCGCGCAACCCAACCGACAUACAACCUCUUCACCGGCGGCGAUGCGAAUAGCCGUCCCGGUUCCCGUCAAAGCUCGGUACGCGCCGCUUCUCGGGAGAGUUCCAAGGAAAACAUGGCACCGCCAGACGCGGCCGAGUAUGAAUCGCAGAGACAGGUGAUCGAGGAGCUCAAGGCGGAGCUGGGCACCCUCAGGUAUACGAUCUCUACAUUCGAGCAAGAGAAGGAAAUGGCCGAAGCACGACACAAAGUUGAACUCGAAGAGGAACGCCGCCGAGCCCAACUGGACUUCACUGCUAAGCAGACUGCCGAGAGCGAGAAGUCGCAAGCACAGCGACAGUUUGAGAAUGUCCAGAAGGAACUGAGUGACUUGCGAGAGGGCGCGUCCGAGGAGAACUCCAGCUUAGAAAAGCGCGCGCGAAGUGCGGAAGACGAAGCGCGAUUGCUCCAGGAACAGUUGGAAGAUCUUUCAAGCGCAAAAGAUGAGGCCGCACGAAUCAACGAGAAGAAAACAAUCGACUUGGAGAUGCAGUUGCAGGCUGCACAAAAGUCAGUCCAGGAGUUGGAGCAGGAAUCACAAGCUCGCGAGACUGCCCUACAACAGGUCCAAUCCCAGCUUGUCGACAAAGACAACGCGAUUGGGGACCUUGAAGCGGAAGUACUCAGGCUGAAGGCCCAGACUGGCGAUGCUGAUACUAUGGCUAUCAUCAAGCGGGAGUUGUCCGAACAAGUAACACAUAUUCGCAACCUCGAAGCAACCAACCGCGAGCAGCUAUCUGAGCUGAAGCACCUGCGCCAGAUUCACAGGGCCGUCGAGGUCGUUGAGGAGGAGAAGCGAUCCCUUCAACGUAAGCUCGAGGCUGCCCAGUCUCUGGAGACGGAAUUGUACGAAGCCCGCAUGCAACGUCAACGUCUUGAGGAUGAGCGCAUGGCAUGGACUGCGUACCUAGCUAGCACUGGCACUGAGGCCGAGUUUGAAUCCCCCGAGGAUGUUGCUCGCGCUCUGAUCCAAGAAAGACUCACGUCAGCCUCCCACGUCGAGAGAAUAGGAGCCCUCCUAGCUGAGCUGGCGGCGCAGGAGUCUGCACUCAACUCUCUUCAACAAGAGCACGCCAACCUCAAGUCACAACUCGCAGAGGCAAAGACUGCGGCCACCACCCAAAACGUUGACAAGGCCCGUCUGCGCACCGAGCGCCAGCGUGUCCUUGCUGUGAAGGAGGUUGAAUAUCUUCGCGCUCAGCUUAAGACCUUUGACGCGGAGGACGAGGCCUUCCAGCCGGAGUCUGUCGAUGAAACCAAGUCCCGCCGCAUUCAAGAGCUCGAGGACCUGGUCGACAAGUACCGCUCGGAAGUGCAAGCGUUGCACACGGAGAUGUCUUCGAUCGAGUCAGGCAAGCCUGCACCAACAGUUGCUGGCACGAAACGCCCACGCGACGAGAACGACGAGGCCGCACACGAACAAGUCGGCCUUCUCACUCGCAAGAACCGCAAGCUCCAAGAUCAGCUGUCUUCAGUCCAGACGCAACAUAGCGUCACUCAGAAGGAGCUGUCUGUCGUGCAGGAACAGCUCAAGACCCUCAAGACCCGAUCCAAGACGCGCAUCCUCUCUCUCCGCUCCAACCCCACCUCGGACUUUGAAGCCAUCAAGAUGUCCACCCUCACCGCCCUCAAGCAAGAAAACGCAGACCUUCUCGCCCAGCUGCGUUCAGAUCCAUCUGUCCGCCUCAUUCCCAUCACCCAACUAGACGCCGCAAACCGUCUGGUCGAAGAGGCGCGCGCUGAGACGGCAUCCGCACAGAAGUCCGCCAAGCGUCUCAAGGAGGUCUGGUCCAAGAAGUCGCUCGAGUUCAAAGAGGCCAUCUUCUCGACCCUCGGUUGGACCGUCAUGUUCAUGCCCAACGGCAAGAUGCGUGUCGAGUCCACCUUCUACCCGUCUCAGACGGACGAGUACGAAAACUCCAUCGUUUUCGACGGCGAGAAGGGAACGAUGAAGGUCGGCGGCGGGCCAAAGAGCGCCUUUGCCCGUCGCAUCGGCGACCAGAUCGGCUUCUGGGUGCGCGAGAAGGGGUGUAUCCCCGGCUUCUUGGCCGCGCUCACGUUGGAGUUUUACGAAGAGCAUUCAAGGAACCAGAAUUCGGGCGAGUAA